AAAAUUGUACCGUGCGUUUCUUAGCAACAGGCAAAGCCAGUGUACAGCUGCUUAUUAUGUGAACAAUAGGAGUGUCUAGGUUCCUCUCAUAGCCUAUUGGCUUCAAACUGGUGAACCCGAUAGGACAGACUGUAGGAUGUCGGAGUCAGCAGGGCAUGGUCUUUGCACAGACUGUGUAGAGUGAAGCAGGUAUGAGAUAACAAGAUCUGAUCCCAAACUACAGCGCUCACUAGAGCUGGCAGAGCCUUGGCUGCUCACUCUUCAGAAUUUAAGGGCAUCUCUUUUGAUCACCACUACUCGUGUUUCAGAGGAGCUCUGGUUUCUGGCUUACAAAAACUGUGAUUUCAACCAGCGAAUGAGUUAUGGCAACAGUCAUCAGCCUUUCCGAUCUGGUAAAUGUAUCCAUUGGCACACCUGAAGUUGGGGCAGUUAAUUUUAAUGCCCUGCACACUCUUCUUCAUGCCAUAAUAAAGAAUUUAAACAUCCAAGAUAUAAAAGCAGAGAUCCCAGAGGAAGAGAACGGCCCAUACAAUCCCCCUAAAGGGCUGGUGAAGGCAGCAGGUGAAGAGGGGCAGAAUGACUGGGUGCCCAAUGGCAACCAUCGGGUGGAGAAAAAGAUUUUGAAAUUAGAGCAGCAGUUGCAGGCACUGAAUAGUUUGCCCACUGGACUGGACCUGAUGGGAAGAGCAAAAACACAGCAGGAUGGCAGUACACCAGUAGAAGAUAUGUGGAAUAUGAUCCAGAUGAAGAAGAGACUUGAGGCUAAUGAAGAUGGAGUAUGCCAGGCCAUGAAAGUGUUACAAGAUCUUCUUCAUGAGAUAAAUGCUCUUAAGGAUUCUCAACAAGAAGUGGAAAAUCAGCUACAGAAAGUCAUGGAGAGCAUACAGCAGGAUAAUGUGCGGGAGCUGGAACAGCGACUGGCCCUCAUGGAGAUAAAGACAGCUACAAAAGGAGAAGUGGACAAUUUACAGAUAGAACAUCAAUCUGUCCAAAAUAAAUUGAAAUCUCUGGAGGACAAGCUGGCAGAGUUUCCCACUCCAGAUGUGCUGAGCAAUAUGGUACAGUGGGAAACAUUGCAUGAGACUUUGGUGAGACGACCAGUGAAUGUGGAUGCACAACCUUCACAUAUUCUACCCAUUGGUGAGGACACUACACCCUCCAAAACAUCUUUGCUUGGAAAAAUGAUGUUACAGGUGCCAACCAGUUCAGCAUCCAUGUUUCAGGCUCAGGUUGAAGCUAAUCAAAUCGAUGAGGUCCCUAAAAAUGAAGGACCUAAACACAAUACUGUCCAAACUAAAAUAAAUCUGGCACAAGAACCCACUGGAAAGUCCUCUCUCUCUGCUUCUGAAACUCACAAAGAACUUAUUCAAGUGAAUGGUGAGGAAGGCGCAUCCAUAUCAUAUCAAGCAAAUGUGGCAAGCCAGAAACCUGAAGAUAAAUCCCAUGCCCACCCUGGGGGUCCUGCUUCUGAGCAAGCUUUGGCUACCCUUCCUUUUGUAAACCAGGAGCAUGUACACCCUCCAGGCUCUUCUGGAGAUGAUUUUUCUUCCCCCAAUAAUAUUAAUAUUGAUGGAACAACUCGAAUUCCUGGUCUACACACAACAGCACCGCUAAGGGUCCUAGAUGAUGGCAAUCGUUCUUCACCAGCUCCUUUUAGCUAUCCUGGUACUCCAAAUAAAGCAACACCCCCACAUACACCAUCAUCCUCCCAAGGCAGCACCGUAUCACAUCGCUAUGCAGAUACGGUGGAAGCACUUCGUAACAUUGGUGCUUUGUCUGAGGAACAUGCAUUGCUUCAAGCAAGGGUGGAGACACUGGAGAGAAUCAAAGCAGACAGAGCAGAACUCAGCAUGCUGCAAAGAUCUACAGCUGAACAUCUCAGAAACAUGUCUGACUUGCAGGAAAAGUUGAACUCCCUUUAUAGAGACAUGCAAGAAUUGAAGAGUAAUAGGGAAAAGGACAAGGAACUUCUCCAGGAUAAAGUGCUGCAGCUGCAAGAAGCGUUGGAGCAUCUGGACAAGACCUCAGGUUCCAUAUUCCAGGACCAGCAGGAGCAGCAGAGACACAUUGAUAUCAUUUAUCAGACUCUGGAGAAGCUGGAGGAGCAGAAGGCAGACAAGGACAAUACUGAGCUGAAGGUAGAGUUGGAUUGAAUCAUGAGUGCCUUAGAAGGUAAAGUGAGUCGCUCUCAGUUUGAUGCCACCACUGAGCAGCUAAACAGCAUGAUGCAGGAGCUGCUGGGCAAAGUAAGUGGGCAGGAGCAGGACUGGCAGAGAGUGCUGGAAAAGAUCAACUUAGAAAUGCAGAGCAAACUGGAUCGCAUGGAACUGGAUCCUCUAAAAAAAAAAUUGGAGGAACGCUGGAAGGAAAUCCGCCGACAGCUGCAGGAGAAACCACCCCAGUACGACUCUGAUGACGCAGCUGGUAUUCGCAAGCAACUAUUCCACUGCCUGUCAUGUGACCGCCCUAUAGACAUGAUGGUUCCUGGACCACCAAUACUAACAAUCCCCAACAUUCCAGGACUACCAUCUCAUCGCUCCUAUCGGCCUUUCACAGUUUACGAACUGGAUCAAAUUCGGCAGUGGAACCGCAAUGAUCGCAUUCCUGACAUCACUGAUCUUGGAUAUACACCCAAUAACCGAAGCUGUGGGGGGAGCCACACACUGACUUUCCCAAAUCGGCGUUAUGCCAGGAUGCAGGGUAUCGCCCCAUGUUCUUUUCAAGAAGAAGAUCUGAUAGCAGUUGGUAUAAAGGACGAGACUGAUGUUAUGGGAUCUGAUGGGCAAGUUUAUCAUGGGAGGAUGGACACCAGCUUACCAGCUAUACAUGCCAAAGAUGGAAAGCCUAAACGUGGGAAACACCUUCAAGGAUCACAAAAAUCGCUUCUUAUGAACGAUGUCAGUGUACCACCCACCCGCCCGCAGAGUGCCAAGUCCAUUGUUUCAUUAAGAAAACUAGUAUUAGAUGCCCAGAUACCUAGCCUCACAUGAAACCCAACUUUUUCUAGCCAGCACAGGGUAUCACGUUGUUUAUAGUAAAGUUAAUUUAUUGCACAAUUA